CGUCGCAUCCCAAAUUUUUAUAUGAGACGAAAAUUUUUUUUACAUUUAUUAUAUAGAUUUUCAAAUGAUUUAUUUAACAAUUAUAGAAUUUUCAAAUAUAUUUAAUUAGAUUUCAUAACUCUAAGUCAAAUAUAUACUUUUCAUACCUAUAUACAUAAUCAAAUAAUGUCAUUCGGUGCUCCAAGAGGUAGAGGUGGUCCAGCAAGAGGUGGAUUCGGUGGUGGCCGUGGUGGUGCCAGAGGUGGAUCCAGAGGUGGAUUCGGUGGUGCCUCCAGAGGUGGAAGAGGUGGAUUCGGUGGUGCCCCAAGAGGUGGUAGAGGUGGAUUUGGUGCCGGUAGAGGUGGUCCAAGAGGUGGUGCCAGAGGUGGUGCUAGAGGUGGCCGUGGUGGUGCUAGAGGUGGUGCCAGAGGUGGUGCUAAAGUUGUCAUUGAACCACAUAGACAUGCUGGUGUUUUCAUUGCUAGAGGUAAAGAAGAUUUAUUAGUUACUAGAAAUCUUGCUCCAGGUGAAUCAGUUUAUGGUGAAAAGAGAGUUACUGUUGAAGAAGCUGCCAAAGAAGAAGGUGCUGCUCCAACUAAAAUUGAAUAUCGUGUUUGGAAUCCUUUCAGAUCUAAAUUGGCUGCUGGUAUUAUGGGUGGUAUUGAUGAAUUAGGUAUUGCUCCAGGUAAAAAAGUUUUAUAUUUAGGUGCUGCUUCCGGUACUUCUGUUUCUCAUGUUUCUGAUGUUGUUGGACCAGAAGGUUUAGUUUAUGCCGUUGAAUUUUCUCAUAGACCAGGUAGAGAAUUAAUUGGUAUGGCUAAAAAGAGACCAAAUGUUAUUCCAAUUAUUGAAGAUGCUCGUCAUCCUCAAAAAUAUAGAAUGUUAAUUGGUAUGGUUGAUGCUGUUUUUGCUGAUGUUGCUCAACCUGAUCAAGCUCGUAUUAUUGCAUUAAACUCUCAUUUAUUCUUAAAAGAUCAAGGUACCGUUGUUAUUUCUAUUAAAGCUAACUGUAUUGAUUCAACUGUUGAUGCUGAAACUGUUUUCGCUAGAGAAGUUCAAAAAUUAAGAGAAGAAAGAAUAAAACCAUUAGAACAAUUAACUUUAGAACCUUAUGAAAGAGAUCAUUGUAUUGUUGUUGGUCGUUAUAUGAGAAGUGGAUUAAAGAAAUAAGUUAAUUAAUUAAUAGUUAAUCAAUUUAUCAAUUAAUUCAAAUAAUUAAAAUAAAGCAUCAUCAUUUAAAAAAAAAGCAUACAAUCCCUAUUACAUACAAAUCACACCUACCCACCCAUUUAUGCAUACAUAUAUUAUCAACGAACAUAGCUGUUCACCAUAUUUCCUUUAGCUUUUGUUUCUUUCUCGGUUUAUAAAGUUCUAUUAUAUAGUUUAGAACGAUUUUUGUAUAUUAAUUAUUUUGAAAUAUUUACAUACACACAUUUUACAGUUA